AUGGAUGUCCGCUCUCCGUCAAAUGGGUCUCCUACCUCCGCCCAGCUACCUCCCAUCCCAAUUCGGUCCCCCAUCGAAGUCAUCGAAAACCUACGGUCUCUUUACUCCAAGGACAACAUUGAGUUGUUCCGAGCUGCUCUAGACUCCGGCUGUUCACCCGAUCGCUUCGAUAUUCGCGACCUGGAUACGAUCAUGAUGGACGCUGCCCGCAAGGACGCACCAAUCUCAAUCAUUAGACUCUUGCUAGACCGCGGAAGCAAUGUUCAAGAAGGACAAGUCCUCCUCCUCCACGCCCUUGAGCGGGGAUCAGAAACCAUCCAAGUUCUGCAGCUCCUGCUGGCGGAAGGUGCUCCGAUAAAUAAUGACAAUGUAAUCAGAACCAUUACGCUUCUUGGAGGCUUUACUCUUUUAUGGGUUCUCGGGACAAGUUCUCCACAAGGCUGUAGAAAAGCGUGA